UCUUGUGCACUUUACUUCUCUUUCAGGAGCCUGGUGAGGAGCCUCUGUCACUGGACUUCCCCGAAAUCGAUCUCUCCCAGUUGGAUGCUAGUGAUUUUGACACUAACAGCUGCUUUAAUGAGUUGCAGUGGUGUAACGAUCAGUCAGAAAACGAGUCCAAUCUGUACAGCACUGACGACUCCGAGCUUUUUCAGAUCAUAUAUGGUGACAAUGAGGCCUUGCUGGAAGCCCUCACCCAGACAUUGGAUGAUAUACAGGAAGACGAGAUCAGCUUGUCAGCCUUCAUAUCCUCUGGAGAUGGGGACUUCUGCCCCGCACCCGCCCUCCUGCCAAAACCCUGCCUCCCAUCUGAGUCCUUUAAGGGUCUAGAAACUGAAGAUGAGCUGUCUAUACUCAAGAAGUUGCUUCUUUCUCCAGCACAGACGCCCAUCGGCUCUGACGCUCACAAUGACAGCAGCUACAAGCAAACAGGGAUCACAAAACUUCGUCCUCACCGGCAGUGUCUGAAGGUGGAGAGUCCAGUAGAAAGACAGACUGGGGUUCCGCAGACACAUGGCAGAGGCUGUACUGAACUACAGAGGCAUUUGGUGUCACCUGCAAGUGACCCUCCAUCUUCAGCCAAGGAUGACAGCCAUGACAGCAAUAACGAAGCAGAAAGUGAUUCAACUGAGGAGGAUCAUAGUGAGGAUGAAUCUGGGAGCUUCUCUCCAUUACUAGCUUUACAGAGCCAGGAACCUCAGUUCACAUGUGAACGGAGAAGCAAGCCGUGGUGGACCUUAUUAGGUAUAUGCACACCUACUGCCUUCCACCUAAAAAACAUCACAGUGAUGAGAAACACCAGCAUUAUACUGGUCUCCUGAAGAGACCAAAGACUGACACCACCCCAUCUGUGCAUUCUUGUUCCAACCAAGUAAUAAAAGUGAACUCUGCUAAUGUCAAGGGGAAGUGCUAUGCACAGGGCAAGUAUAAAAGGACGAAACCAACAAGGACCGAGUCUUCAAUCCUAAAAGUACUACUUGCAAAAGACAUUUGUGGGGAUGUAAGCAAGCCAUAUAGGUUGACACAACCAGUAUAUGCAGCUUUUACUGAUUCUUCUUGUAGCCAUGUAAUGCAAGGAAAAUCGGAGCAGGGGUUUGGAAGGGGCAACAAAGCAGAACUGGAGAAAACUCACAAGCCAUUUCUGUCUCUCAGGAGAGAGAGCAGAUACAUGGAAGCAGACUCUGGAAAACCAGCACAUAACAAUUCUGAGCAGGUGACCAAUAAAUCUGCGUUCAAACAGGAAUGCUCUGUUUAUGCAGUCAGACGCUCCAGUAGACUAAAUCCAGAGUUCUGGUUUAAUGAUGAAGUUUCUCCCCAGACAUGCACAGCACAUGCCCAGAUUACCAUGGAACAGCCUCUCUGCUUGACAACAGAGCCUUUUGUUGAUGACGAGCAGGUGGCCGAAGUGGAAGUUGAAGAGUCUGUUGAAACCACUGGUCAAGUAGAAGGUGAUCGAACUCUACAAGACAUGCUCGAAAUGGAUGCCAGGGAAGCACACGGUGAUAUUGACAACCAAGACUACCACCCCUUAGAUGUCACCAGAUGCUCUACAAUCUCUUUGCCACAAACGACAUCUGCAUUUGAGAAGAGAAACUUUGAUCAAGGACUUUCUGUUGAGCUGUGUGGGACUGCAGGUCUGACGCCCCCAACUACUCCUCCAUACAAGCCUACAGAGGAAGAUCUGUACAAACCUGAAAUCAGUCAGGACACUGUAAAUAAUGAUUCCUUGAUUACCUCGUCUGUAAAAACGGGAGUGACUGAAAAACGUCUCCCUUCAAAUAGAAGACUCUCAAAGAAACAGCCUGAAAGGACUGAAUUGUUUGCACACUUAAGUAGAAGCGCAUCCGUCCCUGAUACCCCUCCACCACAAGGAAUUAAGAGGCCAUUUUCCCGGUCAUUUGGAGACCAUGAUUAUUGCCAGGUGAAGAAGUCAGAGCCAGCUUUCCAGAGAAAAGUGAUUAAAUCUGUGGACCUGCCAUGCUAUGAUGACAGGAAGCACAAAGUGCCUCCAGUACUGGAAAGGAAAAUGUCCUCUAAUAAAGAGGACAACAAACUGCUGAAGGACCAUGAAAUUCGAGCAAGUCUCACCAAGCACUUUGGUUCUCCAGAUACCACUCUAAAAGAAGAGGAUAAUGUUACAUGUACCAGCCCUGAGUAUGAUUCAGCCUUUGAGGACAGUGAGAGUGAGUGCAAUUCUCCAGAGGAUGAUGUGUUCUUUUCUCCUCUUCGAAAAAAGUCGUAUUAUCGUAGAAGCCCUCCAUCCAAGCUGCAGAGCUAUCCUCGAAGUCAGGCUACUGCUCAAAUUAUCCGCACACCAGAUAACAGGAGGUCACACAGUAGACGUGAGAUCAGUGAGCAGAGACAGACUGGUCACUGGAGCCAAAGGCAAAUCCACAGGAAGAAAGAGCAGGAUGAUGGAUGGGUCAUUGUCAUCAGAAACCUCUCAAACAGCAUUAAUGCUCAUGAGCUGAAGAAAAGAUUUGAAGUGUUUGGAGAGAUUCUUGAAUGUCGGGUCCUCAGCAAAAGCAGAGGAGAAAAGCAUGGAUUCAUCACUUAUCGGCGAUCGGAACAUGCUGAAAUGUCACUAAAGAAGGGCCCUUCUCUGAGAAAAAAGAACGAACCAUCAUUUCACAUGAGCUACGGAGGUUCUAGGCAUGUUUUUUGGACCAAAUAA